AUGCGGAAAGCCCUUCUCGAGGAUUGGCUCAAGGGCCUUGGUUGUGACUGCGUUGCGUUCCCUGCAGCUGGAGACGUCGGGCCAGCCAACGCGGACUCGAGCUUCGAAGGCUCAGACCUGGCGUGGAGGAAUGGCACUUAUUACAGUAACGGUAAUAGGGCCAUGCGUCAUUUGGGAAUCCCUUCAGUCUCGGUGCCGAUGGGACUCAUGAGCGACAAGAGGGUCCCGGUCAACUUGACAUUUGCUGGUCGAGCGUACGAUGAUGUCAAGCUACUCCAGUGGGCGAAUGCGUACGAAGCAAAAACGCAGCAUCGCAUCCCUCCACCUCAUACUCCUGCUCUAGAGACUGAUGUUGUUCCCUUGUCGAACAUGGAGCGUCAGGUCGAUUUGCCCCGCCCUCAAUUGAUUGUCGAGAAAUUCGAAGUCACCCCGAAGGAUGGUGGACCUUCACUUAGUGUGACUCUGCAAGACACAGUCACCAUUGCUUCUCUCAUGACUGGGCCACCAGAGCUGGAAAUGACAAUUGAUGCCUCUUCUGUUCCAUCAGAUAAGAUUUCAGUGAAGGAACUCCCAAAGACAGGAGAGAGAGAAGCCCAAUUCUAUUUUACUGUGGACACAAUCACUCCCAAGCCAGUUGAGAGACAAGGAUUGGAUAAGACAUGGGCCCCCGUCGCUCGCGACAUGACAAUGGUCGUUGUGUUAGCCAGGGCCGCUCCUGAUGGACGACCAACUGGUUGGCUAGGAUUAAAAUAA